GUGUGCAGCUCCUUGGGGGUGCUAUGGGGGGGUCGCAGAGGAAUCUCCCCCUCCAGGUGCCGGGUGAGGGGGCCCACCCCGGGUCAAGGCGGCGGCGGGCGCUUUGCAGCCGGCUUGGCUGUCCCUCCUCCAGCCGGGAUUUGCACACGAAUCCCGGCGCUCCACACGAUCCGAGGCCACCGGCUGCCACCAGCGCCGGCCACACGCCGGGGUCACCCGCCCCGAGCCCCCCGCCCCGGAGGAGGAUGGCAGCCGGCGAGGAGAAACGGCACCUCCUGAGCGAGGGCGCAGCCGGGUCCUACGUGGGGGCUGAGCAAAAGAACGGGCACAACUCGGUGCGGGGACAGGCGCCCGCCCUGGAGCUGGGGACACGGCGUGGCCAGCACUGCCACACCCGGGGGCCCGACGGCCACCCCGGGCAGCAGCGGCGGGCGCGCAGGAAGCUCUACCUGGCCGCUGGCAUCUGCCUCGUCUUCAUGGUGGGGGAAGCCGUGGGGGGGUACCUGGCACACAGCCUGGCCAUCCUGACGGACGCAGCUCACCUCCUGACGGACUUUGCCAGCAUCAUGAUCAGCCUCUUUGCACUCUGGGUGUCCUCACGCCCACCCACAAAAACCAUGAACUUCGGCUGGCACCGGGCAGAGAUCCUGGGGGCCCUGCUCUCCGUGCUCUCCAUCUGGGUGGUCACGGGGGUCCUGGUCUACCUGGCAGCCCAGCGCCUGCUCUCAGGUGACUACGACAUUGAGGGUGGGGUCAUGCUCAUCACCUCCGCCUGCGCCGUGGCCGUCAACAUCGUGAUGGGGUUGGCUCUGCACCAGACAGGGCACGGGCACAGCCACGGGGCAGCCGGCGAGCAGCCCAGCGCCAGCGUCCGCGCCGCCUUCGUCCACGUCGUGGGGGACCUGCUGCAGAGUGUUGGUGUCCUCAUCGCAUCCUACAUCAUCUUCUUCAAGCCCAAUUACAAGUUCGUGGAUCCCAUCUGCACCUUCCUCUUCUCCGCGCUGGUGCUGGGGACGACGCUGACCAUCCUGCGCGACGUCCUCCUCGUCCUCAUGGAAGGGACCCCCAAAGGGAUGGAUUUCAACGCGGUGCGGGAGACGCUGCUGGCGGUGCGGGGGGUGGAGGCCGUGCACAGCCUGCACAUCUGGGCGCUGACGGCAGCACAGCCCCUGCUCUCGGUGCACAUCGCCAUCAACGCGGCUGCCAGCGCGCAGGAGGUGCUGGAGGAGGCCAGCUCCCGGCUGCAGGGCACCUUCCACUUCCACACCACCACCAUCCAGGUGGAGAGCUACUCCGAGGAGAUGAGGGACUGCCGGGAAUGCCAGCCCCCCCGCGACUGACUCCUCUGCUGGCUUCCCAGGGGAAACUUCUUAUGUGUGGAAAAUAAAGCAGAGCACAGGGGUGUUGGGUCUGGUA